UACAUAGCAACCAAUCAGAUCGCUCGUCUCAUCUGUAAACCACUUUUCCUGUGACAGUUUUAGCGGCCAUACCUAGCACCUGUAUACAAACAUUGUAAUCAUCUAUCGCGUGUGGAAGUGUAAUAAACAGCAGGAAUUUCAAAAUGGAAUCAAAAGAGAAAGAAUACCCCUGAUGGUAUAGAAGCAUAUAAUAUGUGACAGCUACAAUUUAAUUGUGCCAAAAGAACAGACUGAAAAGUUGUAAAUAAUGGAACCUAUGGGAGAUUUUGAUGAGAAUGGUUGGGCCCAUAUACAUCAUGCUGCAAACAGGGGCUUUCCAAAGUCCCUUGAGAGAUUUGUACACGCAGAUCCAGAUCAGCUUGAGCUAAAAACCAGUGAUGAUCUCGGUUCAACACCAUUUUUGAUAGCAGUUGCCAGUGGAAACUUAGAAUCAAUCACAUGUUUGAUAAAUCUUGGUGCCAAAAUUGGAACUAUUAAUAAUCAUAACCAUGGGGCAGUUGAAAUUUGUGCUACAAAACAAUAUAUCGAAUUGCUGGAAUUUUUCAUUGAGAAAAAUUAUGAGCAGUUGCCAGUGUGGAAGAAUUUGUUGCGCUUUCUGGCCUCAGAGUCGGAAGAAGAAGCAGAAGCUGCUGGGAUAUGUCUGCGAACUUUGACCCUCAAGUCUUCAGAAGGGGAGAUAAAUUCCCAUUGGGAGCAGCUCUUCAAAAGUGGAGCAGUGCCAACAAUAGUGAAAGUUGCAAAAAGCACCUUAAAUGAUGACUCAAAGGUUCCAGCAUUCCAAGUUCUUCUCAACAUUAUGGAGAAACAGGAGGUAAAAGAGCAGAUCUUCAGUACUGGAGGUAUACCAGCAUUUGUGAGGCUACUUAAGUCUCAGAGCAGCCUGACCGUACAGCUGUCUGCUCAGAUACUGAAGGAGUUAGCCAAAGUGAAGGAAUAUGCAGACAAUAUGGUACAGAAUAAUGCUAUUCCAAGUCUGCUGAAAGUCAUGCAAUCUGCUUAUGACAAUGAAGUAAUGGUGGAAGUUGUUGAUGCGUUAGGAAACAUUGCAGAAGCCUCCCCACAGCAUCAGUCAGCUAUUGGCCAACUACCUGGGUCACUGCAGUCACUCAUUGCCUUAUACAAAGAUCAAAAAGAUAAAAAUCUGCUAUUUUCCUUAAACAAAACAGUGGGUAAAAUAGCACACCAAAAUCAAAACAAUCAGAAUUCAUUGGUAGAUCUUGGAGCUGCAGUGUAUGUGGUUAUUUUAUGUAGAACUAGAAACCGAGAACUGCAGUUAAGUUCUGUGGAAGCUAUUCAUAGACUAGCGGAAGAUAAUCCUAAAACUCAGAGGGUAAUUUUGUCAGAGAGAGCUCAAGAUCACCUCAUGCAGCUCCUGAAAAGAACGCGAGCAGAGGCCCUGCAAGAAAAAACUGCCAUGGCUUUGUGGGCAUUAGCUGGGGACAGUUUAGACGAGCAGAGAAAAAUGGCAGAAAAAAUGGAAGUUUCUUUACUCAUAGAAUUUGUUAAUAGUUUGUCAGAAAACUUACAUUUUAUCGGUUCAGAGGGAUUAGGUGUAUUAGCACAGGGGCCACUUAAUUAUCAGACUGAAAUAGCUAAUGCAAACGGAAUACAUCCACUGGUGCGUUUGUUGAGAUCAGACAAAGAAUACAUAGUGCUUAGUAUAAUUCGGACUUUACGUCACUUGUGUGUAGGUGUAGGAUACGUACCACAUAAAAGAAACCAGACAACAAUCUCACAGUCCCGCGGAAUCAAAUUUCUUAUCGCCCUCAUGGUUCAUUCAAAGGAUGAGAUGAUACAAGUGGAAUCAGCUGUCACUCUAGGUUGUGUAUCAUUAGGAAACCAAGAGAUAUUAGAAGAGAUUAACGGAACGAUUGACUUCAGCUAUGUGCGGAUUCUGAAGAUGAUGUAUGCCCAGCAUGACGUUGUGCGACUUCUCGCUGGGUCUGCACUGGCAGCUUUUGCAUACAACAAUAUAAAUCAGCAGAAGGAGAUUGCAGAGCAAGGAGGUGUGAGGUUCAAUUGUUUCAUUCCGUUCCUGCAAUCCUCUGACGAGUUCUACAGAUGUAAUGCUGCAUUUCAGGUCGUAGUGCUAUCAAAGAUUAUCCCAGAUGAGGAGCAGGCGUUGUCGUCGGCGACGGGUAUCAAACUUCUUGUUGAUCUCCUGCAGGACUCCCAGUCAGACCAAAUACUUGCCCUAGCUUCAGAUUGUAUAGCGAGACUGGCUCAUACACGUGCUGGUGUACCAUCUGCAAUAAUAGCCAUCAAUGCAGUAGAGUUCCUCACUAAACUGUUGUUACAUCCGGCUGAGCAGGUGAGAGGCUGUGCCGCAAUUGCCCUUGGUUACCUGUCAUACACACAUGCUGCAGAGAGACAGCUUCUCAACAAAUGUAGAAAUGAUCAGAUGUUGAUGAAGAUACUGUUACAUUAUACAAAGAAGAGCAAAGUCUCUCCGGCAUUUCUUGAGGGUUGGAGACAUUACAAGAGAAUUGGUCUACCUCCAAUAUCGGAAGGUCGAACAAACUUGGUAGCUGAAAGGAUGUCGGAGCCUCCACCAACACCAGACAGCAGUAUAGGCUUGCUUGACUCCUCGAAGAGUACAAGCAACAUCAGAGCAUCGUCAUCCAACUUGGAGGAAGCUCCACUCACUGACAGAACAUCAAGAAUGUCUCACAGGUCAACCACUAGCAAGAUAUCUAUAGUUGAUGGUGAGGUACAGAGGUCAGACCAGGGGUCACGUCAUUCUGUCAUCCAGAGUGAGAUUCAGGUGCCGGCCAUUGAUAUCACAAUGCAACAGGAGGGUACGGGGCCAGUGGAAGCCUAAUUCUGAUUAACAUACUGAUUAAACAAAGGAAUAUGCAAUAGAGUGGCAAUGUUAACAAAUGGAUGAGGGUUCAGAUGGGUAGAUUUGGAUAGGGGUACCCAAACUCUUUCAUUUGAAAGCAAUGAAGAAAGCAUACAUCAUUACAAUGAACUCAAAACAAAAAUAGUUUUAUGAAAACCUUUAUUUACAUUAAAGAAAAUUAAAUACUAGGCUUUUAUCUAGAUCUGCAUUUAAUCACCAUACACAAAAUAUAACCGGCUUCACAUAAAUGGAAGAAAUUUUUAUGUUAUAUAUUAAUAUAUUAAAGUUGACUUUUUUUAACAAAUUAUUUAACUUGUUGGGAAACUAUUUAUUAAAUCAAUUUAUUAUGCCCCCGUAAAUCACUUAUUUUCAAAAAAAAAUUACAUUACUUCAUUCUCAUAGUCUUGAGAUUUAUUUUUCCAAAAAAGAAAUUAAAAAUACCUCCAAGUGAGAUUGUGAUGUUUCUACAUGAAAUGCAAUACCUAGUAUUUAUCCAAUCUUAUUUCAAAGUGGACUUUUUAAAUAGUUAUUAUGGGAAGUUUGCUCAAACAAGUAUCAGAAAUCAUAAUUCAUUCUUUUAGUUCUAUUAGCUAGCUUAAUAAGUGGAACACAAAACUUCAAGGUGGAAAGUUGUAGGUUCAAAUCCUGGCUGAGGCACUUGUUCUCAGUUACAUUUGAUAGAUAAAGGGUAAUGUCUUGUCAUACUGAAUUAUUCUGACUGUGAGGUUUUGGUUAAAUACUGCCACAUGUUACUGAAAUACUGUUGAAGCUAGAAGAUAGUCAGAACUUUAAGAAGUUGUUUAGAAUGCUACAGAAACAGGCUAAUUCUUUUGGCAUUUCAUGGGAAAGUAGAAAGCAGAAGUUUAGGUAAAUUUGAAACCUAUUUAAAAUUUGUAGGAUUUCAGUUACUAAUUCUUAAAGAGUGGUUAGAACAGUGCUACUCCAGAACAGCUGGUGUCAAUGGAGUAAUAUAGAACACUGUUCUUUGCUGUUCCAGAACUGGUGUCACUGGAGUAAAUAUAGAACACUGUUCUUUGCUGUUCCAGAACUGGUGUCACUGGAGUAAAUAUAGAACACUGUUCUUUGCUGUUCCAGAACUGGUGUCAGUGGAGUAAUAUAGAACACUGUUCUUUGCUGUUCCAGAACUGGUGUCACUGGAGUAAAUAUAGAACACUGUUCUUUGCUGUUCCAGAACUGGUGUCAAUGGAGUAAAUAUAGAACACUGUUCUUUGCUGUUCCAGAACUGGUGUCAAUGGAGUAAAUAUAGAACACUGUUCUUUGCUGUUCCAGAACUGGUGUCACAGGAAUAAAUAUAGAAAACUGUUUUGUGUUAUUCCAGAACAGCUGGUGUGACAGUCACUGGAUUUAAAGCAGAACACUGUUCAUAGUUAUUCCAGAACUGGUGUCACAGGAAUAAAUAUAGAACUCCAGUUCUUAGCUAUUUGAGAACUGGUGUCACUGGAAUAAAAACAGAACACUGUUCUUUGCUAUUCCAGAACUUGUGUCACAAGAAUAAGUAUAGAACUCCGGUUCUUAGCUAUUCGAGAACUGGUGUCACUGGAAUAAAAACAGAACACUGUUCUUUGCUAUUCCAGAACUUGUGUCACAGGAAUAAAUAUAGAACUCCUGUUCUUAGCUAUUCCAGAACUGGUGUCACUAGAAUAAAACAGAACACUGUUCCUUGCUAUUCCAGAACUGGUGUCACUGGAAUAAAACAGAACACUGUUCUUUGCUGUUUCAGAACUCACUGUGUCACCAGAAUAAAGAUAGAACACUGUUCCUUGCUAUUCUAGAACUGGUGUCACUGGAAUAAGAACAGGACACUGUUCCAGGCUGGUAUCCAGUCCUAAUAAUUAUGAGUAUCAAAAGUAUUUGAACUGUGUUGCUGCAAUGUUACUUCCUUUUAGAGGAAGGACUCAUUUUGCUAUUUACCUGUUAUAUACUUUAAGUGCCUGAGAGUAAUUGUACUGCUGAUAGUUUGCUAAACUUUAUUAAAUUUGUUGGGUUUUUAUCAAUCAUUACUGAAAAUUGUGCUGAUUCUUUAAAGCUGACCUACUGCUGAUGAUAAAUUUUACAUGAUAUUUUAUGUCUCUGUUAUUGCAUGAUAUUAUACACCAGAUAUGUAUUGUAUUGCUUUGUGAUAAAUUUGUCUUUACAAAAGUAUGUGUUAGUAUGUUGUUAUAGAUUUGAUAUGUUUUAAUUGAUGCUCUCCAUUUAAUAAGCUGACCCUGCAUUUUUAGCUCAUCUGAUUUUUUGAAAAAAAUUAUGAGUUAAUGUAAUCACUUGAACGGUGCCGGCGUUGUCGUUGCCUGGUUAGGUUUUAUGUUUAGCUCAGCUUUUCUCCUAAACUAUCAAAGCUAUAGCUUACUUGUUCACCAUCAAUAACUGACUCUGUACAGCAAGAAACAUAACUCCAUCCUGCUUUUUGCAAGAAUUAUGGCCCCUUUUGGACUUAGAAAAUAUCAGAUUUCUUGGCUAAGUUUUGUUUAGGUCAACUUGUAUCCUAAACUGUCAAAGCUAUUGCUUUAAAACUUGCAACACUUGUUCACCAUCAAAAGCUAACUCUGUACAGCAAGAAACAUAACUCCAUUCUGCUUUUUGCAAGAAUUAUGGUCCCUUUUGGACUUAGAAAUUCAGAUUUCUUGGUUAAGUUUUGUGUAAGCUGUUGCUUUAAAACUUGAAACACUUGUUCACCACCAAAAGCUUACUCUGUACAGCAAGAAACAUAACUCUUUUUGCCAAAAUUAUGGCCCCUUUUGGACUUAGAAAAUAUAAGAUUUCGUGGUUAAGUUUUGCGUUUAAGUCAACUUUUCUCCUUAAUGGUCAAAGCUUGGAGCAGUUAUUUGCCAUUAAAAGCUGACUCUGCGCAGCAAGUACCAUAACUCUACAUUGCUUUUUUGCAAGAGUUAUGGCCCCUUUUGGACUUAAAAAGUCAUGGGUAUGACAAUAUUUCUAUCAUAAAGAGACAAAAAAAUCAGAUGAGCAUCUGCACCUGCAAGGCGGUGCUCUUGACAAUUCCGGUUGUUUUUUAUGCCCCUGAAGGGAGGCAUAUAAGUUUUCAAGAGUCCGUCCGUUUGUUAGUCACAUUAACUUUUUGCAUGAAGGCACUUUACUCGCGAACCACUGCACCCAGGACCUUCAAACUUCACAUGCUGAUAGUACUUAUUGAGUACACGACCUCUACUGACUGGGGUCACCAGGUCAAAACACUGCGGGGGCAUUUGUCACCAUUAGUGACAGCUCUUGUUGUAUCAUUAAAUUCUGAUCAUGGUCUGCACUGUUCACCAUUCUGUCAGUAUCUUUUUUGGUAAAAACCCCUUUUAACAGUUAAUUGUAAUGUCCAGAUUGAAAGAUGGACAAGUUAAUUAUAGAAAUUUAGCAGGGUAAGGGUUAAAAGGUUAUAAGGACAUGUCUCCAAAAGGGACAACAGAGCAGUGUCUAUAUCAGUCAACAUGACUGCAUCAGAAUUAUUUUGUAGUAAGCUGUAAUGUACAGCAAUGCUCAAAAUACAGAAAACACUAAUGGUUAGAGGUCACAGUCUGUUGAGCCGAGUUAUAAAUACAAGGAAAACACCCAGGGACCACAUUAAUUGUUUCUGUGAAGCCAGAUGCUUGACUAACAGCUUGAAAACAUACAUAUAAAAUAAAGAAAAUAUUUGUUGAACUUAUUUCAAGUAGUUUUGUAAAUAGAUAUGCAAUUUUUUUUUUAAAUCAAUGAAUUGUUUUAUUUUUUACUUUUACUUUUUAUAUUAACAAACAAAUGAAAGAUAAUACUUUAUUUAAAAAAAAAACAACAAGUAAAACUUAGAGCUCAAAGUGCCAAUUUAAUUAGAAUAGAUGCAAAGGAGAACUUGGACAAGAACUAUAUCCGUAUAUUUUCGAUAGUCAUUUUCUAUUUUAGCAACCAUUUAAUGUACCUUAUUUAAGUAGGUUGUUUGUAGCACUGCAAGUCAUCUGAAUAACAAAGAAUAAAACCUAGAUCCAGCAUACCGAAAUGUAAAACAUGUGCUCAAACAAAUGGCAACUUUGUGUUAACUGAGAAAGCUUGCAGAAGUGUUACUUUCUUCUAAAUAAAAGAUCAAAUCGAGGACUCAGAGCGAAACUAGUCUGUCUGCUUCUAUUUCUAUAUACACUUACGACUAGUUUCGCUCUGAGCCCUCAAAAUAUCAUAUCAAAUUUUUUUGCAUGCAAGAUAAUUUCAAACUUGCAUUAUACUUUUUAAAAGGCAAGACUUAGUAAUUCAGGAAAUCUUAAUUUUUGUCCUUUAAGUAAAUUGAUGGAGUACAGAUGCAAAAGAACAAUAUGACAAGGUUGCAGCUGGUUAUAAUACCGGUAAUACACAUCUGAAAACUUGUUUUACCUUCAGUAAAGCUUUGAUCAGUUAUCAUUUCAUUUUCUUGUACAUCACCCUUGCAUUGUUUAUACAUAAUUUGUGAUAGCAUUUUCUGUGAUAUGUCUCUACAUUUAUGUUGUUAUUUUAAUUUUGUUAUUCGCAUUGCCAACACAUUUCUCAUCUUAAUGGUGGUUUCAGAAAUUUUCAUGAUAGUAGAAAAAUAUUCAUUUCUGUCCUGUAUUGCUCAUGAUAACUAACACAACUGUCACUAAAUCUCAUACAUUUGUAAAUUGAAAUAUUUUU